GGUUUUAAUUAUUUUCAUACGAUCUAUUGCGCUCUGACAUUCUCAGAAAUCUCUAGAAACCAUUUUUUAUUAACAAUGGGCGAAGACCACUUUGAUGUUCAGGGAUGGGCAGCCAGGGACAAGUCCGGCAUUCUUUCGCCUUUUAAGUUUACUCGCAGGAAGACUGGUCCCAAUGACGUGACAUUCAAAGUUGUUUUCUGCGGGGUCUGUCAUUCGGAUUUGCACCAGCUCCGCAACGAAUGGCUCAACUCCCAAUACCCAUUGGUUCCAGGCCAUGAAAUCGUUGGGAUCGUAACUGAAGUUGGAUUAAAAGUAGAAAAAUUUGCCGUGGGCGAACGUGUUGGAGUGGGGUGCAUGGUGGGCAGUUGCCAUAACUGUGACAGCUGUGAAAAAGGUGCAGAGCAAUACUGUGAGGGAGUUGUCUGGACCUACAAUAGCACAGAUGUGGAUGGUUCUGUAACCUAUGGAGGCUACUCAUCUUUAAUGGUCUGCGAUCAGAAGUUUGUAAUUAAGGUGCCAGAAAGCCUGCCGUUUGAUGCGGCUGCUCCAUUGUUAUGCGCUGGAAUAACUGUUUACAGCCCCAUGAUACACUUUGGAAUGACAGAGAAAGGAAAUCGUUUAGGCGUAGUGGGGCUUGGUGGUCUUGGUCACAUGGCUGUCAAAUUUGGCAAAGCUUUUGGCCUGCAUGUGACCGUCAUCAGUACAUCCCCAAACAAGGAAAAAGAAGCCAAAGAGGUUUUGGGGGCUGAUGAGUUCCUUAUCAGCAAAGAUGCGAAGCAGAUGAAGGAGGCAACUAAAUCCCUGGACUACAUAAUUGAUACUGUAUCGGCUGAUCAUCCCCUGCCGCCAUUGAUCAAUUUGCUGAAAGUUAAUGGAAAACUGGUUGUAGUCGGUCUGCCUUCUAAACCGAUGGUAAUCCCAGCUCCCUGUGUUAUUAACGGUCGGAGAUCAGUUGCAGGGAGCUGUAUUGGUGGAAUUAAAGAAACACAAGAGAUGAUGAAUUUCUGUGCAGAGCAUAACAUUUCAUGCAAGAUAGAAAAGAUCUCUUUUGAUAAUAUCAACACAGCAAUGGAAAGGCUGGAGAAGGGAGAUGUUAAAUAUCGCUUCGUUAUUGACAAUGCAGAGAAUUCAAAGAUUUAAGCAAGAUUUUUUGGUCUUACAAUUUAGGAGUAUAUAAAGUUAUAUUUUUUGGAUUUUGAAUAGCAUAUAUGAGAUGAUGUCAUAGUAUAUGUAUGAAUUGUUGUGAAGGUUGUUGAUACUUUUUGCUUCAAAAAUAGUAUAAAUAAAAACUAUUGUUUGAAAUAUAAAAUAUCAUUUUUUGUGUUUA